AUGCCAAUGCCAGGAUCCAUGUCAAUGCCAGGAUCAAUGCCGUAUUAUCCUGGUACUGUGCCCAUGAAUGCGCCAGUUCCGGGGCGUGCAUAUUAUCCAUCCUAUAUGGGUCAAUCGUACAUGGGACAACAAGCGAUGCCUGGACCCAUGCCAGCAGCUCCCAUGCCCAUGAUGCCAAUGAUGCCCCAGGGAGGUGGAGCUAUGGGUGGGACCAGCAUCAUUGUGGAGCCUUUGGUUAUCCUGCCAAUGGGCACGGGUGCAGGCUUAAAUUCCAAUCCAUAUUACGGAGCAAAUGGCGCUUAUCCCACCUAUAAUAAUUACAAUCCCUACAACACAUACACUACGGCACGACCCAACUACGAUUAUAACAACUACAACAACAACAACAAUAACUACCCGAAUUACAAUAACAACAGUGGAAAUAAUAACAAUAACAACGAUUACAACUCAUACGGCUAA